AUGUCCAGCCUUUACAAUCAGACUGCCGGCGCCAUCAAGGAGACCGUUGGAAACAUAGUGGGCAACAAUGAUCUUGUCGAGACUGGCCGCGAGCAGUGGGCCGAGAGCAAGGGCGAGCAAAAGAUUCAGGAGAAUCGGGCUCAUCGUGAGAAGGAGAACCCCGAACUGCACCGCGCUGUCGACUCUGCUAACAAUAUCAGCGGCACUGCCAAGGAGAUGUUUGGCCAGGCCAUCGGCGACAAAAAUGGAGGCGAGGGCCACAGCCAGCGCACUCAGGCCAAGGGCAAUGCUAUGUACCACGACAAGCUCACCAAGGACAAUACCAAGGCUGGCAUCUAG